GAUUAAAACUGUCAUAAUCAUAACAAUUAAAAACAUGAUUUUAUCGGUUUGUGCUGAAACGAGAGGUUUCGGGGAAUCCAAUAUUAUUAAUUGGCGUCGAUUAGAUUAUCUCUGAUUGAUAUCGUCAUCGGUGGUUAAAGAUGCGAUAAAAAACUCAAAAUAUAGGUUGAGAGAGGUGAACGUUUGAGGUUAGGGUUCGGAGAGAUGGGGAGAUAUUUUAGACAACCCGCUGGUCAACCAGAUUCGUUACAAAUCGCCCUUUCCCACUACAAACAACGAUUUAAUUGGGAUUGUGGGCUAUCUUGCGUUUUGAUGAUCCUCCCUCAGGCGGAUCGAGAGAAAUUGUUAGAAAAUUUUAAUGCUAUUUGUAAGGAAGAAGGAUUUAAUAAGAGUACAUGGACCAUAGAUCUUUGCUACGUCUUACAACGUUUCGACGUCCCCCACAAAUUUUACACAACCACCUUAGGAGUUCACCCCGGUUACAGAGGAAACUCAUUCUACCAAAGUGUUCUAACAAAGGAUGAAAAACGUGUAAACCGCAAAUUCGAAAAAGCUCAUUUAUACGGCCUACAAAUCCGCAAAGCUUCGGUUUCGGCGAACUUCUUAAUUAGCCAUUUAAAGGAUGGGCCCGUGAUUAUGUUGACGAACGCGCAACUUCUUAAUUGCGAGCGGUGCAAAUUCAACAAGGUUUGUACGGAGAUUAGGAAGUGUAUCCCGUGGCCGGUUCCUUAUCAGGGGCAUUACGUUGUCGUGUGCGGUUACAACACGAUCACGCAAAAAAUUUAUUAUCGGAAUCCGUCGUUUCAGGAUCGAUUGUGUAUAAUGUCGCUGGAAACGUUUGAGGAUGCCCGAAAAAGUUACGGUACUGAUGAGGAUGUUAUUUUGAUUUAUACUCGAACCAGAAAUGAUCAAGUUUGAAGGUGUUAAUUUUUUUUUGGUUUAUUUUAAGUUUAUUUAUUGAUGUCUUAUUUUAAAAUAUAUGGAAAAGAAAGUCUUAAA